CCGAAGCGGGCCGAGCCGCCCUCCCGGGUCGCCUUGAAGAAGGAAGGGGCUUGGACGUACAGAAACAGGACGGGGUGGUUUCAGGGGUGCUUGGGGCCGGCCGGGAGCCCUGUCGUCUUGGGAAGUGUCUGAGGAGUUUCGGAUGGGUUUCAUGCCCCUGUCAGGGCGAUGAGAGUAAAGCCUUUGCGAUGCUGAAAAGUUGCUGCUUAAAUCUGCAGCUGGUGCGACCCCAGGGGAUGAAUUAACCUUAUUUAAAUUAAACUUCCUGAAGUUUCUGAAUGUGGGAGUCGUAUGGCUUGUAAGGAGCUGGGGGUGAUGGGAGGAGGGAAGGCGCCGAGGGGAACAGCCUGAGGGAAGGUGGGUCUGCCUUUGACACAUGCACGGAUGCUUUGCAGCAUUGCUCAGAUGGCUCCUGCAAAGAAGGGUGGCGAGAAGAAGAAGGGACGCUCUGCCAUCAAUGAGGUGGUAACUAGGGAAUAUACCAUCAACAUUCACAAGCGGAUCCAUGGCGUGGGCUUCAAGAAACGAGCACCGCGUGCUCUCAAGGAAAUCCGUAAAUUUGCGAUGAAGGAAAUGGGUACUCCUGAUGUUCGCAUUGACACCAGAUUGAACAAAGCAGUCUGGGCUAAAGGAAUAAGGAAUGUUCCUUACCGUAUCCGUGUGCGCUUGUCGAGAAAGCGCAAUGAGGAUGAGGAUUCACCAAACAAGCUCUACACACUGGUUACCUAUGUGCCAGUCACGACAUUCAAAGGUCUACAGACAGUCAACGUGGAUGAAAAUUAAACUGAUUUUCAUUACAAUAAAAGGAUAAAAAGAAAGUUUACUCCUAAGUUGGUUUUUU